AGCCACAAACCAAAGAAAGAACUCAGUGGGCAACAUUAAACAGAACUGCUUCUGUAUACAGCAGAUUUGAGGUGAUUCAUACAACUACUUUGAAAUAUUUCAGAUGGCUUCAACCAAUUCUUCAGAAUGUAAUACUUAUUCUCAGAUUCAGCCAUUCACUUAUUUUUAUUACUUGAUUUUUCUUAUUGGAUUUAUUGGCAGCUGUUUUGCCUUCUGGACCUUCCUGAAGACCAAGAAGCAUUGCAAAUGCAUGAAUAUUUACUUAAUUAACCUACUGACAGCAGAUUUUUUGCUGACCCUUGCCCUCCCAGUGAAAAUAAUUGUAGAUUUAGGAGUUGCCCCAUGGAAACUGAAAAUAUUCCACUGUCAAGUCACAGCAUGCCUGAUCUACAUUAAUAUGUACCUGUCAAUCAUAUUCUUGGGAUUUUUAAGCAUGGACCGGUGCCUCCAAUUAACAAAGGGAUACAAGAUCUAUAGGAUUCAGGAACCUGGUUUUGCCAAGAUGAUAUCAGCAGUGGUAUGGGUAAUGGUUCUCUUCAUCAUGGUACCGAAUAUGGUUAUUCCAAUUACAGAGGUCGAAGAAUCACCAAAUGUAGGAUGCAUUGAUUUCAAAACUAAAGUGGGAAGAGACUGGCACGUGUUUACCAAUUUCAUAUGUACUGCAAUAUUUCUGUAUUUUUCAGCUAUGGUGCUCAUCUCUAAUUUUCUUGUGAUCAGAUUACUUUUUCAAAACAAAGGUACAGAAGGCUAUCCCAGUGUAAAAAAAGCUCUGGUAAACAUCCUUUUAGUUACCGCAAGCUACAUCAUAUGUUUUCUUCCUUACCAUAUUGUUCGAAUCCCAUAUACGCUGAGCCAAAGCAAAACUAUAAUCACAGACUGUUUUCUCAGGGAAUCUCUCUACAAAGCAAAAGAAUCCACUUUGCUCUUUGGUGUAUCAAAUCUGUGCUUUGAUCCCAUUUUGUAUUUUUAUUUUUCAAAAACAUUUAGACUAACAGUGACUAAAAGUUUUGCAUCCUUUCAAGGUAGACACGUUUCUCUAGAUGAUCAAGAAAUGCAUGAAACAAGAACGCCAGAGUUUCAGGUUUCAGCUGAAACUGCCAUCCUUUCUACAACAGGACAUUAAAAAUGCAUUUGUCUUCCCA